AUGUCCUUGUCAGGAGAUGGGAAUAUUUUGAAAAGCUUAACUUCAUCAUUAGAUGAUACUAUGCUGACGAAGACAGCAACACAUUCACAAGGUGCUUCAGAUGCCUUGAAUUACAGUCCAGCAUAUCUGUCUUGUGUUACAACACAUUCUACUGUCACAACUCCAGCAGAAACAUUGACAGUAUCAAUAGGCACAUCAUCAUCAGUGGCUAUGACUGUUCAGUCUGGGAGUGUAAAAAAUCUUAAUCCUAGUGGAACUGAGUAUCUUCAACAAGUGCCUGUAACAUCUGUUUCAUCAGCUUUAAAUAACUCUCAGUCUGUAAUUUCACAAACACCCUCUGUAACUUGGUCUAAUCUCCCAACUUGUUCAGAGGUUUCAGGGGUCACAAGUCAUGGCAUGCAGAUGCCAACAAUCCUACCUUAUGGCAACAAUACUCCUUCACUUGAUAAUACAUCUCAGCUGUCAGACACAGGCAAAACCACUGUAAGCAUCUUAAAAGCAACACUUUUAUCAGACUCAGGUAGAGGAGUUUCUCGUGUUGUACCCUCACCCUCUUGUAGAAAGGAGUCAGAGCCCCAUUUUUCAGCCAGUUUGAAUCCAUUACACUCUCAUAUUAAUACAUCAAGUGGGUUAACUGGAUUGCUUCAACCAUUAAGCGAAAAUUCUCAGGGUGAUCACACUUUAAAUCAAGAGAACAAGACAGUGGCUACUCCUCAUGAAACACCAUUAAUGUUUUCUGGUGGAAGUGUUCAGCAGUUAAGUGCAGGCACUCUUGUAAAAGACAUACAGGGAAAUCUAAAUCUCACUCAGGGAACUUUCCCAGUAAAUACAAGUCAGGAGGCUGAAGUCCUGCCACAAGUUAUUUUAAUGCCAAGUCAAGUGCAAAUUAGUAUUCCACAAGUGACUGCUCCUGCAGUUAACUUACCUCUUGUAAUAGGUGCUGUUGUGUCUGACACAAGCACACAUCCUAAUGAGACUAUCACAUCAGUCCCGACUAGUAUUAUGGACGAACAGAAUCCAAAUCGUCCAGCUUUACUUUCUGGUAAUGUGUCAGAUAUGGUAAUUCCGUCGUUAAAUUCAUUGGAUUCCAGUGGUGCAAAUGCUAAUAUCAUAGGUGUGCCUUACACAGUACCCCUUCAUGCUGUAGAAGGAAACAUUGAUUCCAGAAUGACAUCAGUCCAGCCAGAUGAAAUUUGUUAUGCAAAUAUACAAGAGCCUUUAGAUGUUGUUCAGCAAGCAUUCCAAUCAACUCUACUUGAUAUAGAAGAUAAGCCAUCCAACAAGAUGUUUGCUGAGAUUGCUGAGGAAUUUAGUAAUCAGGAUUUCUGUUUACGUCUUCAGGAGACGACAGAAGUCUCACAAGUAGACACAGGUGAAAGCGAGGCAAAUCUGCAGAAUGUUCCUCUUUUCACACUUGAUAAGACCAAUAUCACACCAGUACCACCUAGUGCAGUUCAGCUUGAUCUCCCUGCAGAUGACAGUCAGAAAGAUUCAUCAUGUAGCACCCAGCCACCACAAUUGCCUCCUGUACUUUUACACUUCUUAGAACAAGAAAUGCAGAGUGAUGCAGAAAAUAAAGAAAAUGAAAGUCAGAGUGGCACAAAAGACAGUGAGGUUGCUUGUGACAAAGAAAUAUCAGGUAAUGACAAUGAAGGGAUUUCAGUUUGUAUGGAACCUCAGUCAAAAGAUGUUUUUUCAAAUGUCAUUCCUGAUGUUAAAUCUGUUACAGAUGUACCUACACAAUUGGAAGAAAAAAAUGUACAUUUAGCACAUACAGGUACAUCAUCACCUUUCACAUCAAACAUGCAUUUAGCACAGGUAACCUCAGUAUCAAAUUUAAUGCAGGAAACCCCGAAUUCUAGUAUAGCCGUGACAAAUCAACUCCCUCAAGUCAGUUAUUCAACUGCAACAUCACACUCAUUGGAUGUAGGUACAUGCACCCUCUUAACCCAGGUGACCACUGCUUCACAACUAACACCUUUGAUUCCACACUCUCAUUUAACUCAGGCAACCACAGCUCCACUCUUGAUGCAUACCAAUAUCAAUCAACAUUUAACACAGUCACCUUUAGUCUCACAUUUACCACAAAUAAGCUCAGCCACGCAGCUAUCCCAAGCUUCAGCAACUUUAAUGCAGACAUCAGAAGCCACUCAAAUUACACAAACCACUUUAGGUCCAGAAUCCACUCUAGGUCCACAGGUAGCAAAUAUCACUUCUUCCACUGAGUUACCACAUGGGGCUUCUAAUUCACAAGUAACGCAUACUUCGUUGACUUCACCCAUUGUGCAGGCAACACACACUUCUUUGACUUCACCCAUUGUGCAGACCACUUACACUUCGUUGACUUCACCCAUUGUGCAGGCAACACACACUUCUUUGACUUCACCCAUUGUGCAGACCACUCACACUUCGUUGACUUCACCCAUUGUGCAGGCAACACACACUUCUCUGAUUUCACCCAUUGUGCAGACCACUCACACUUCGUUGACUUCACCCAUUAUGCAGACCACACACACUUCUUUGACUUCACCCAUUAUGCAGAUGACCACAGCUUCACCAACAGUGUCAGUAACUUCAUCUCCAUUAAUGGCACAGGUAACAGUUUCAUCUCCACUGAAACAAAUUACAACUUCUCCUCAGUUCAUGUGUGUUCCCACAUCAUCGCAUUUGGCCAAUGCCCUGUCAAAGUCACAAUCUCCUCAUGUAUCGUCACCAUAUGCAGCUACAACUUUAGAAUUAACAGAAACUUUUUCACAUUCAUCAAACACAGCAGUAACUUCACCAUAUACACAAGCAUCACCCCUCAUGCUUCCAGAAUCAAACAAAGACACUUGUGUUUCAAAAGGUUUAGAGGGCCCAGAAUUAGCAACAGUUUCCACUUUCCUUCCUAUGUCAAAUCCACAUAUUUCGCCAAGGGAACAAUCUGCUUUGAAUGCACCUUUUUUUACCAAGGAAAAUGCCUCAUUUGGAGUGUCAUUAGGAGCAAAUGUGACAGAUGCCAUGAAUAUGAGUCACCAGUCACCAGCAAGUGAAAAGAAUAUGUCUGCAGAUAAAUUUUCUCCAUCAUCAGAAUCAUUACCUCUUGGUUCCACAGACCAAACUUUAGUAUCUACCUAUCCUAUUCAUGUAACCACAGCACCAACUGGACAAAUUAUGGGAACAGAGGUCACAGAGUCUGUUACAAAGUUAGUAUCUCCAAAAGCAGCUGAAUCAUUAACAGCACCUGAAGCAGUACCAUUUAUGUCAUCAGUUGAGAAAAAUACAGAAUCAGUAGAUGGAGGAUUCUCUUUAAGAAGUGAUGUAGAUGAUGUAACAGUGUUGCCAUCACCAGGAAGAAUUCCAACACCAGUAAGUUCUUCAGUACAAGUGGCAACAUCUAAUAUGCAACCAGAAUUGAAUACAGAAGUUGCUGUGGAACCUAAGAGUUCUGAAGCAUCAGAUGUGGGUAUGUCCACAACACAGAAUUUUGUCCAGAUGCCUAGUGCGAGGGCACAAACACCCGCUGCAAUUGCAAGAAUUUUAACUCCAGUUUCACUGACAAGACCUGUGACACCUGUAUUACUGACAUCAAAUUCUGCUGUUGCACAGGUGUCAUCUCCACAAACCACAUCACCGAGUACUGUCUUAACAGCAGCAUCCUCAGCUUUACUUACCACCAUGUCCACAGCUACUUCUCCAAGUGUUUCAUCAGUUACUUCAUUAGGGGAAAUAACAUAUUCAGCAGCAAGCAUAACUCCCAUGUCCUCAACAACCUCUCUACUGCUGCCAGCCACAUCUGAGUCAUCUUCAGAUGGAGUCAGGCCUAGUUCUAGGGGAGGCUCUUUAAUGCCGCUGUUCUCAUCAGCUGAUAAUCCAAGCAAAGUUGUUCCUGUGCCACUUACAACACAUAAAUUACAAAAUCUGAAUUCAAAGGUACCAGCAGGAGCACCUGAUACUAUUAUUACUAAUUUACCUAAUGCUCUGACAUCACCUUAUGAUGUUGCCAGGCCUCUCUCUGAAAGUAGGAAAAUCUUACCUGUAAUGAGCAUACCACCAGGAUCGUCUCCCAGUGCAUCAGUGGUGGUACUAGAUAAUGCAGUUGUUUCUUCAGUACCAAGAGUGAGUAGUGUUCCUAUUACAAGUAUAAUGCCCUCUGCAUCUGGGGCAUCAUCUGAAGCUAGCAUUAUAACAACAAGAAUUCACCAUGGAGGUAUAAUGAAUACUUUGUCACUGGAUUCCUCAUUGGCAAACAAAUCUGUAGCACCAGUUGAUUCUGGAUCUCGCUACAUAUCAAUCAGUGGAUCUCACCAGUUUCAACAUGAUCCAUCUUUUCCAGAACUUCAGGCUAGAUUGGUUGGAACUGCUCCAACUCCUAAACCUAUAAUAGCACAAACAGAGCUUGAUUCUGCCUCAGGGUGA